AUGAUACCAAGCGUUUCGGCUUAUCCGGCUGAAAUCAAGCUUAUCCGAACAGUUACAUUUUCCAGGAACUUUGAGUCGACUCCCAAAAAGAUCGUCCGACAUUCUUACGACUUUCCAACAAAACGCAUUCUUCUCAUGAGAAACUCCAAAGAUAGACAGGCCGGAGGUAACGGAUUUGGAAUUAAAAUCACAGGUGGCAGAAAACGAAUUGAUGGUCGUUUGGGAAGUUUCGUCGAUCAAGUGAUCUCAGGAGAGACACUCAAUUAUCUGCACGGAGAAAUAUCCGAAGGCGACGAAAUAAUUGAGUGGAAUGGUACUGUCCUGAUCGACAAAGAAGCCUCUGAAGUGCAAGCCAUCAUCAACACUCCAGCGGAUGAAGCCGAGCUACUGCUUACGCGCGGAACAACCAGCGAACUGACCGGGCGCGUGAAACGGACAGGACAACACGGCGUUCUAGCAGCGAUUGACCAAAAGCGUGCAGUGAAGAUUGGCAGACACGAAUACUCAAUGCCUGACCAGCGAAUCGAAGAUGAGUCUGCGCGGUGGCAUUGGGUACGGACUACCAGUGAGUCCACGCUAGCCCAGAAGGAUCUGCUGGAAGGUCUGAAAGUAGCCACCACAAUCAUUGCAACAGACGAGGACAUCAAGGAAGGCCAGCUGGUUGUUCUCUUCCUCCUCCAUCGUGAAUUGGAUUUCCGACAUCGAUAA